AUGGGCGAUAAACCGGAUCGUGAUUUGAUAAGCAAUCUGCCUCAGAGCAUUAUAGAGAGCAUUCUCACGUGUUUGCCAAUAGGAGAUGCUAUAAGAACUAGCUGCUUGUCAAGGAAAUGGAGAUACAAAUGGACUACACUCACUCAUCUUGUAUUCGACGAAAAAUGUGUGGCUCAAUCUGGUGAUCAAGUAGUUGUCACAAAAAGCCUUAUCAAUUUUAUAACUCGAGCUCUCUUUCUUCACCAAGGCCCUAUUCACAAGUUCCAGGUCUGUACUUCGUACUUGCAGAGCUGCCCGGAUAUAGAUCAAUGGAUACUUUUCCUUUCGAGGAAUGGCAUCAAAGAAUUGGUUCUUGAAUUGGGAGAAGAGGUUUUGGUUGCUCCUGAGGCAAUUGAAAGUCUUAUUUCUAGUUGCCCGCUACUUGAGACCUUGUCUUUGGCAUACUUUGAUAGCCUAGCUUUAAAUAUCCGUGCUCCAAAUCUUAAGUACUUAUGUCUGGAAGGUGAGUUUAAGGACAUAUCUCUUGAAAAUACUCCACUAUUGGUUGAUUUAUCUGUUGCUUUGUACAUGACUGAUGAAAAUGCUGAGAACUCUGAGCAAAGUUCAAAUUGCAAGUUUAUCAAGUUUCUUGGUGGCAUACCACGCCUUGAGAGGCUUAUUGGGCAUAUCUACUUUACUAAGUAUUUGAGUAUAGGUAAAGACCCGGGAGUCCUUCCAAUUACAUAUAACCAUCUAAAGAUUAUUGAAUUAUAUCAAGUGAGUUUUGAAGAUAUGAAAGAGAUACUUGUUGUUCUUCGCUUGAUUACAAACUCUCCUAAUUUAAAGGAACUUCAACUCUCGGGAUCCUCUUUAACAUCAAUGGAAUCACCGGAUUUGGAUUUCUGGGAGAAAGAAGGCCCUUCAGAUUGCACAUUCCACAAACUUAAAGUUGUGAAGAUGACAGAUAUGUCCGGACUGCCACAUGAGAUGGAAUUCAUCAAAUUUUUGUUGAGAAAAUCACCGGUGCUUGAGAUCAUGAGUAUUAUGCCUUGUGUGUUUGUUACUAUGGAGUCGCGUUUGAUAAUAGUCACGGAGUUGCUUAGUUUUACAAGGGCGUCUCCUAAAGCAGGAAUUGUAUUCAUCCAAGACUAA